AAACUAAAUGAGAAGCAUAUGAUGUUGCUUAAGUCUUGAUUACAUGAAACUGCAGUUGGUCCAGCAAGGCUUGAAACAAUAAGAGCAACUACAUUAACAUAUUAAGUUGGAUCUGUGCCAAUGUAUUAGUUGAGCAAGACUGAUUUAUCAUUUUGCAUCCAAGACUGCAUGCUGACACAGCCCGCUUUACCCCACAGAGGGUGCUUUUUUUUUUUUUUUAGUUUGUCCAUUUUUGCAGCAGUAUUAUUUCAAUCUGUUGAAAAUAUUCUUGCUCUUGUCUGGCCAUUUGGAAUUAAUGCACAGAAAACUACACUGAAAACAGUCACACAAGAGAUCUCACUCAGCAAAAACGAAAGAAAUUCUGCUUAGUCCUUCCAGCUCAAUACAAGCCUGGUCUCUCAAAAUGAAGACUUUGCAGAAAUUUGGUCUCGUUUAUUUUUUUAUGCCCUUGGUGAAGUUGGCACCACCACAACAACACUCAACCACAUUUUAUGACCAUGGUUUGGCCACUCUCGAAGACACAAUAUUUAAGGAAAGUUAUGAAGACAUAUUAUUUAAGGACGAUUAUGAAGGCAAGCCACAGGAUGCCAUAAAAAACAAGGAAAACAAUGAUAUAUUCAUUUUCCAUGAAAAUGAACUGCAAAUACAGAGAGAUGAAGAGAUACCUAGAGAGGGAUCAACCAAUUAUACAGGUUUGGCUACUUGCCUGCUGUGUGUUUGUUUAAGUGGUUCAGUUUACUGUGAAGAAAUAGGUAUUGAAAGUAUUCCACCUCUACCAAAAGAAACAGGCUAUCUUUAUGCACGUUUCAACAAAAUCAAGAAGAUCAAAGUGUCUGAUUUUGCUGAAAUACCCACACUAAGAAGAAUAGAUUUGACUGGAAAUAUGAUACAAGAAAUUGAAGAUGGGGCCUUUGCAAAGCUACCAUUAUUAGAAGAACUUUCAAUUUCUGAUAACAGGCUUGUCAAGCUUCCAGCUUUGCCUCCCAAGCUAACUUCACUAAAUGCAGACCACAACUUUAUUAAAAGCAGAGGAAUUAAAGCAAAUGCAUUCAAGAAGCUGACCAACUUGUCACAUCUCUACCUAGGACACAAUGCUCUCGAGUCUGUUCCACCCAACUUGCCAGAGAGCCUGCGUACUCUGCAUCUGCAGCACAACAACAUAACCAGCAUCACAGAUGACACAUUCUGCAAAGGGAACAACCAGACCCGUUACGUUCGGCAACGCAUGGAUAUAAUAAGAAUGGAUGACAACCCAAUCAUCUUGGGAAAGUACCCUAAUGCUUUUACCUGCUUGAAAACCUUGCCUAUAGGUUCAUACUUUUAAUUACUAACAAAAUUGAAAAAGGUAAAAAGUAGGGAAAGACCACCAUUUUAUCAUUGUUUAAAUGUGUAUUUCCAUGUUAAUAUCUUCAACACAUAUAUAUUCAAAACUUUUAGCAGUUAUAAUGUAUUUAGUUCUACCUUAACUUGGUGAAAUUGCACCUUCUGAUUUAAUAAGCCUGAGUCUUUUUUAUUUCUAGAACUUAGACUGAAAUAUGAAACCAGUAAAGUAUUCUUUAUUCAAAGGAACCAAUCUAUUUCAAAAGAAUAAAGACCUUUUUUUAAAAAAAUGUCAAGACUGCAUAGAGAAUAGUCAGCUGAUUUAGACAGAGGGGUAGCCUUCUUACAGGCCAGUGUAACGUGAUAUGAUGUAGGAAGCACAUCAUGGACAAUGUGAGAGAAAUAGGGCAGAAUCUGUUGAAGCAGAACAAACAUUUGGUAUCUUAAAUUCAGCUACUUUCUGUUGGCUAAAAAAUAAGUGUUUUCUAAUGGUGAAGUAGGAAACACUAUCUUGGAGUGGGUUAGGUUUUAUUAUCAUUGUUUGAGACUUUUUAAUGCUCUAAUGUAAUUUGUAUAUUUUUAUGUUGUACGUUGCCCAGAGUGGCUGGAUAACCAGCCAGAUGGGUGACUAAUAAAUUUAAUAAAUAAAUAAAGUUUUUCACAUUUAAUCAGCAACAGGCCUACAAAUAGUUCUGAGAUAGUAUCCCAUGGUUUGAAGUUGGCUUCUGAACCUUGGCUUGUUUGGAAAUCAUUAACCACAGCUGCCAGUUUGCACUUAAAUGGAAAAUGCUUGGUUUGUUUCCCCACUCACACAAAGGAAGGUGUGAAGAGGGAGCAAAGGGGCUGUGUGCAAGUGCACAACGCUCAUACAUAUCCUGACUUAAGCCAGGAUUUGAUCAUGUGGAUGAGACCAGUUAGACUAUGUUGUUUGGGUUGCUGAAUUAGAAAUCAUCAGCACCCGAAACGCACACUUGGCAAUGUUAGGAUUGCUUAAAGAUAGUAUGCACCAUAGCCAGUGCAUUCAGUACUAUUACUUUGAAACAAUUACUCCUUUUCUGAAUAAUCCCAAAGUAUAUCAACAAUUGUACAAUUCCUAAUGUGGCUUAUUGACAUUCUUUAAAUCCAAUUAUUGUACUUAGAAGGAAAAUGCAUUCAUUUGGUAACAUUAAACGCAGUCCUAUACAUUUCAAAGAGAUAUUUACACACAGCUACAAUCUUAUGCACAAUUCUAAGUCAGUUCUAUUGAGCUGUGUGGAAUUUGCUUCUACGCGAUCAUGCACAAUAUUUUGCAGUAAGAAUAAGCAACACCUGUGAAAUCUUUAUUGUAUUUAAUAUAUCACUCUCCUCCAGCCACCACAUGACUAUUUUGACAUUGUGGUAUCUGGGUUGUGAUCAGCCUGAGUUGAAACCCUUAUCUCAAAACAGAAGUCAAUUUGGCUGAUUUCAACAGAAUGGUCAAACUGUGUGCAUACCAGUUGAAGGCUUCUUCAGGAACACCUUCUUUAUCAGUAAAUUUUGAUUUACAUACUUUCUCUUUUCAUACAAGAUAUACUCUCCUGAUUUAAUUAUUCAUUGGCAUUGAAGACUUUUAUAACUAUUGAGCUCUGCUGUAACUAUACCACUUUAACAGUGUUAUGUAUCAGCCCUCGGUUACAUAACAAAAACUAGAGAUUACAGUUUGAUUUUAAUUUGUGUGUGUGUUACCUAUUGUCUAGAACUCCAAUGUGACUAAUAAAACAAAUCACCAGAAGAAAAAAAUGAAAAAGAAAAAAAAAGAGGUCAUGUUUCACUGUUCCUUUGUAAGUAUCUUGUCUUCUAUGACUGGCCAAGAUGGUAAAGACUCACAAUUUGUACUUGGAAAAAUAUGUGCUGGGGCAAUGACACCAGAUGCCACUUCCAUCUAAUCAUCUCAGCCUUUCUCCUCUUUGAGCUCCUCCCACUUCCAUCUACAGCCAGGUAGACAGGACGUUUACUUAAUUACAGCCUCUUCCUCUGCCUUUUCUCAAUCUAAUGUCCCAUGAUUCCCCAAUCCUCCUACUGCAUCCUUAGACAGAUAAGAGAUUCAGUGUAUUCCCUCUCUACGAAACCCUUCUUCCCUCCCAUUUAUAGGCAUUUUUGAGCAAAUCCUCAAAUUGUUGUGAACCAGCCUCCAGUCCUCUUCUAAGACAAUUCCAACAUGGGAUUCUCUGCCCAGGAGUUCUCACAGCCAAAACUAAAGUCUGAAGAGGAACCUUGCAUUGGACUUGAGAGGGGUGGGGAGAGUUACCAGACUGUGAAUCUGGGACUAACAGUUCAGACCUAAGGAUGAGGAGUCUAACAGUCUACCAAACAACCAAUACUCUUGACUCUCCUAGGAUCUCAAUAGGCAACAUCAUGGAAGAAGAGAAGGCUAUUCAAUGGCAUACAGUUCAAAGCAAGGCUUUGGUCUGAAGGCACAUAAGGCCAGCACCCUGCUGAAGCUAAGCAGGGUCAGGUUUGGUCAGUGCCUGGAUGGGAGACUGCCUGGGAACCAUAUGUAAGCCGCCUUGCGUUUCAAUCAUGAAAAGAAAGGCAGGGUAGAAAUGUAAUAAAUAAAUAAAGCAAGACAACACUCCUGUAAAUUCUUUGCUGCUGUGCUUGAAAGGCAUUCAGUGGUCUGGUAUUCACUAGGACUGUCUGGAGGAAAUAAUGACUUAGCUUAGCACUUAAUGUCAUGGGAUUAAUGCAGUAGCCGACAGUGAGGGAGGGUGGCGCUUACUGACCUCCCAAUGCAUGGGUUGCUGCCACUUACCAGGAAACGGGAGGGUGAGGCGGAGGAAAGGUUGCCAUGGUGCAAACACACUGGCAGGAGCACUGGAUUGGUUCUGCUGGUGCAUUUGCACCAUGCCAACCUUCACCCCCCACACACACACCUCUCCACACUCCCUCCUGGUAAGCAGCAGUGACCCACAUAAUGGGACAGAGCUGUAAUGCAACCCUCCCUUACCAUCUGCUACUGGAUUGACAGCUGUCCUCUUCAGCUUUCUCAGGAUAUAUCGCAUACCUAGCUGGUUCUCUACUCCUGAAUGACUGCUUUAUUCUCCAGGUCAGUUUCCUCAGACACUACAAUGCUUCUCAUGGAUUCCAUAUGUGCUGGAGUAAGACACAAAAUUCUAAGCCGAAUCAGACCUCUUCCUUCUCCAUUUUCUAUUAUUAAAUGUGGGGCAAA